UAACAAGAACCCUCCUUGAAUCACUCUUAACAUAGCAUGAAGUUUUAGGUUGUGUUGAUUUUUGAAACUAAAUGCAAAAACAAGGAAGAAAGAAACAGGACAAACUCACAAAAGUGUCUCACAACUCCGACGUCGUUUGGAUCUUUUCAGGGCAACCCAUUUUAGUUCUUGGCUAUGUAACAAUGGCAACGGGAAAAUUUCCAUCUUUUUUAGUGGUGGUGGUGGUGGUGGCGGGCCUGUCAGUGAGCGGCGGAGGGGCCAAGAAAUCGGGCAAUGAGGUGGUGGUUGGGACUGCGCCGUAUAGGAUCCACACGCUGUUCUCGGUGGAGUGUCAGAAUUACUUCGAUUGGCAAACGGUGGGCCUUAUGCAUAGCUUCCGUAAAGCUCAGCAGCCUGGCCCGAUUACCCGGCUGCUCAGUUGUACUGAGGAAGAGAAGAAGACUUAUAAAGGCAUGGACUUGGCGCCAACACUUGAAGUGCCUUCAAUGAGUAGGCACCCCAAGACUGGUGAUUGGUAUCCUGCAAUUAAUAAACCGGCUGGUGUAGUUCACUGGCUUAAACAUAGCAAAGAGGCAGAGAAUGUUGAUUGGGUGGUUAUUCUAGAUGCGGAUAUGAUCAUUCGAGGUCCAAUCAUACCAUGGGAGCUUGGAGCAGAGAAAGGCAGACCUGUUGCUGCGUAUUAUGGGUACUUGGUUGGAUGUGAUAAUGUUCUUGCAAAACUGCACACAAAGCAUCCUGAACUCUGUGACAAGGUUGGUGGGCUUUUAGCCAUGCAUAUUGAUGAUCUUCGAGCUUUAGCACCCAUGUGGUUAUCAAAAACUGAAGAAGUACGGGAAGAUACAGCUCACUGGGCUACUAAUUACACUGGUGAUAUAUAUGGAACUGGGUGGAUUAGUGAAAUGUAUGGAUACUCAUUUGGUGCUGCAGAGGUGGGACUUCGCCACAAGAUAAAUGAUAACUUAAUGAUUUAUCCAGGAUAUAUUCCCCGAGAGGGCGUUGAGCCCAUUCUUUUACACUAUGGCUUGCCUUUUAGCGUUGGGAAUUGGUCGUUCAGUAAAUUAGAACAUCAUGAAGACAGCAUUGUAUAUGAUUGUGGGCGCCUCUUUCCUGAACCUCCUUAUCCUAGGGAGCUAAAAGAAAUGGAAGGUGAUCCAAACAAAAGGAGAGCACUAUUUCUGAAUAUUGAAUGUAUAAAUACCCUGAAUGAAGGUCUAUUGUUCCAUCAUGCAGCACAUGGUUGCCCCAAACCUAAGUGGUCAAAAUACUUGAGUUUCUUAAGGAGCAAAACAUUUGCAGAACUAACGAAGCCUAAACAGUUGUCUCCUAGAAGCCGUCAAAUGAUGGAAGUUGAUGUACAGAAGCAAGAUGUGGGUGAGUCCGAAAAGUCAUAUCCAAAAAUACAUACCAUUUUCUCAACAGAAUGCUCCCCUUACUUUGACUGGCAGACUGUGGGCCUUGUGCACAGUUUCCACCUGAGUGGUCAGCCAGGGAACAUCACAAGGCUUCUAAGUUGUACAGAAGAGGACUUGAAGCAGUACAAAGGACAUGAUCUCGCUCCCACUCAUUAUGUCCCUUCCAUGAGUCGACAUCCACUAACAGGAGAUUGGUAUCCUGCAAUUAAUAAACCAGCUGCCAUCGUGCAUUGGCUUAACCAUGUAAAGACCGACGCAGAAUACAUAGUGAUCCUGGAUGCCGACAUGAUAAUGAGAGGACCAAUUACACCGUGGGAGUUCAAUGCGGCUAAGGGAAGACCUGUCUCCACUCCCUACGACUACCUGAUUGGCUGUGACAAUGUGCUAGCAAAGACCCAUACUAGCCAUCCUGAUGCUUGUGAUAAGGUUGGAGGCGUUAUCAUAAUGCAUAUAAUGGAUCUUAAGAGACUUGCUUUGCUUUGGCUGCAUAAAACUGAGGAAGUCCGAGCUGAUAUGGGCCACUGGUCAAGAAACAUAACUGGAGAUAUUUACGAAGCUGGUUGGAUUAGUGAAAUGUAUGGUUACUCCUUUGGUGCAGCAGAGUUGAAUUUGCGGCAUGUCAUAAGCAAUGAGAUAUUGAUAUACCCAGGAUAUGUUCCUGUACCUGGUGUGAAAUAUAGGGUAUUCCACUAUGGCUUGGAAUUUAGGGUUGGUAACUGGAGUUUUGAUAAAGCCAAGUGGAGGCACAUGGAUGUGGUUAACAAAUGUUGGGCCAAGUUUCCUGACCCUCCUGAUCCGUCGAGCCUUGAUCGUUCUAAUGAGGAUUCUUUGCAGCGUGACUUGCUUAGCAUAGAGUGUGCAAAUUCUCUGAAUAAGGCUCUACACAGUUACCACGAGAGAAAGAAAUGUCCUGAUCCGAAUUCCUUGUCCACCCCAACUCGAAAGACCCCUCAUCCUCCUUCCUUGUCUACUCUGACACAAAAGUCCCCGCAUCCUCCUUCCUUGUCCACUCUGACACAAAAGUCCGCAGAUCCUCCUCCAUUGUCUACUCUGACACAAGAGUCCCUAGAUCCUCCUUCCUUACCCGCACCAACUCGUGUGACCACUACUGAAAGAAUCAUGACACAAAAGUCCCCAGAUCCUCCUUCGAGAAAAUUUGAAGACAAUGAUAGUGUUGAUGUUUCAAGGCGUGAUCUGGAGCUGAAGAAUGAAUCUCAGAGAUUACCACCACCAGCUGAAACCAAUCAGACAUUCAGUUCCAUGAGAUUUUGGAUAAUUGGGCUUUGGGUAGUCUCAAUCUUUGGUUUUAUGGCAGUGAUGUUGAUGAUGAUUUCCCGUCGCAGAGUACAGAGAAAAAGGGGUAAAACUUUUAAGACCAAGAGAAGAACCACUCAUUCAGGAUUCUGGGACCGGACUACUGAAGUAUCAUAAGGACAGAAUAAAUUUCUCUGAGCCUGGUAUAUAUGUUGUAUUCAGUUUGAUGCUAACAGAACAUAGCAUGCCUAUAAAGAAUCCAAGUGCAGCAGAAAGUUGAUAUCAAUGGUUGGUUUCUAUUUAGUUGCUGGACAGAUGAAAGCUUCAGAGCAGAGCCUAACUGGGAUCUUGCUUGCAUCCAAUUAGUGAAGACUGAUCUCCCUGAUGCCACCUAUUACCGUCCACUUUUGUAUUGUAUAAUGUUUAAUUGAGUCCGUUUGGGAACUUUUUGAUCUCAUGAAACUGUUCAGCUCGGGUACUCGGGAUAGAAGUCUUGAAGAGAUGAUAGUAUAAAAGAACAAACGAAAAGCAACUACCAAAAGUUUCUUUCUUCAUUGUACUUUAUGAUCGUUUCAUAAUUCUUGAAUCUCGUUUCUGAUUCCUAAUCCAGGCAUCAGUAGACA